GUCAAGGAAGAAUGACAUGGCCUUUCAGAUGAUUCCUCCAAGACUGUCAUCCUCUCCACCACCCCUGGACUCCCUCCCAUCUGUGGCCUGUCCAGGAGUGGAUGAGGAUGAUGAGUUUGAUCACUUCUCAUCUCACAAUGCUUCUUUUGACAUCACAGUUAAAGAACCGAGAGGUCUCACUCCAUGCUGUGGGGACAAAGCUUGUACUUCACACUUGCCUUCAGUGAAUAAUCCACAACUGAAAGCCUCUGGUCUGUCAGACAAAUUGCCCCCAACACCAGAGUCCAGCCCAUCUAGAUUCCCAGGCAUUCGUUCAGGGCCCACCACAGACCGAGGACUAACAGAGGGAGUGGAGGGGACCCUGGAGGACAGCAUCAGCCAGGACUCUGGAGUGGACAGCUCAAAUCACCCACAUGAAUUCUCCCCACAGCCCCAGGGGGACGGCCACCCAUGUUCUCGCGAGGACUUGAUUGGCAGCGACAUUGGACGGGUAGACAGGGAAUUGUCAGACUUUGAACAGAAUGAUGUGGAUGACUUUGGUGACUUUCAGGGAGUGUGCUCUGCUGGCAGUGAGACACCAAGGGAGUGUGUGGGCAGUGUGCAAGCAAACUCAAGUCAGAAUUGGGACAGUAGCCAAAUAUCUAGUCACCCACUCUCCCAGGAGAGUGAAACCUCUAAGUGUAAAGAAAAUGACUCAUCUAGACACAGGGCAGUUUGCUCUCCUCCUCCCUUGGACUGUGUUGCAGAAGACACAUUAGUAAAGGAUGAUGAUGCUGACUUUGGAGAGUUUUCUUCUCAUGAAGCUGGAUUUGAUCUACCUAGUGGUGCCAACAUUAAUGACAAAUGUGAUUCAGAAAAGAGCCUUCAUCUCCAUCAGUGUCAGCCAGCAUCUGAAAUCAACAUAAUGCAAAAUGAAUGCAAAGAGGUCAGUUCAGGUGCAAGUGUUCAUCAAAUUAGUUUAAUUACUGAACGAUUGCAAGCAGAUGGGAAUUCAGAAGAUGAGGAUUUGGCUUGCAAGUCAAGUAGAGUGACAAGAGAUGCAGGAAGUGAUGCCAGUGAAGAUGAACAGGGAGAGACGAGUGUUACUUUUCUCCACUCUAAAGGAUUUCUCAGGCCAGAAGAUGAGAGCAAAGUGGGCCCUCCUGUCACCUCAGAAGUGACUCAAACUCCUUCCCACAGUGCUUGGAAUGAACGAGUAAUGGGAGAUGGGAUGGCUACCAGUCAAGAGAAUGUGAGGGAAGAUUCUGAAGUAAACACUGUGGUGGUGCCAACAACCAGUGCCUCAGGGGAUGGUGAUGAAGAACAAAGAACAGGUGAUAAGUUUGGGCUGGGUAAAGAUGUUCCUUUCUUAAGUAGUAAUGAAAGUGCAGUGCCAGAAAAUGACAUAACGGUGAAAGAAGGGGAAAUGGAGCCUUCCAGUGACACUGCAGAACAUAUUAGUGAUAUAUGUGAGAAUGAAAAUGAAUCUGACUUUGGUGAUUUCAAUCAAGCCAAAGGUGAUAAUGAUGAUGGUGGUAGUGAUGAUGGUGAGGAUGAUGAUGAUGAUGAUGAUGAUCUAGAUUUUGGUGAUCUGAGAAAGCAAGUUGAAGAGGGCACGUUUGGUGACUCAGAUGAUUUUGGUGACUUUGGUGACUUCAGCACUGGGUUUGGUGAUGGUAAUGAGGGUAGUGGUGAAGUUGUGGCUGGUAGUGAUGAUGCAGGUGAUGGUGAGGAUGACUUUGGUGACUUUACAGCCUCAGCAAACACUAAUGUCAAGGCUGAAUUUGAUGAUUUUGGUGACUUUGUGGUGCCCGAGAAAGAGAGUGCUGUUGAGGAUGACUUCUCUCAAGACUUCAGUGAUGACUUUGGGGACUUCAGUGCCCCAGAGAACAGUGAGGCAUUGAGGGGGUUCACCACUGCUGCUGUAGAAGAAGUCCCACAAUUUCAGGUUCAGGAUGGUAAAGUGACCAAGACAAGUCCUAUUUUGCAGAAGCUUGAGAGUCUAGUCACCAAGUGGAUACCAAGAACACCAGAGGCAUCACAGGAGGAGAGCUGCUCUGUGCCCUUACUGCAUCAGGCCAUUGAGAGUGAUGCAUUUGUGUGGCGUCAACUGGAAAACCUUGAGUCUAGUGCUGCCCUGAGGCUGUCAUGGAGUAGCACACAGGCCCAUAACUUCUUCCUCUCCUCGGUGAAUGUAGACGCUCGCAACAUUGUGAGUAAGGCGGCCAUGAUCACGCUGUUUGGGCAGAAAUGGAGCUCUUCAGUGCCCCUCUUUGCCCAGACCCUCAGCUUCUCCCCACUCACCCCAGCCAAAUCCACUGAGGGUUCAGGAGGAUCUGGUGGUGUGGGACUGGCUGGGGCAACCAAGGAGCUUCCUGCAGACACCUUUCCUGCAACUACACCUAAGCAAGGACAGCACAAGAAGAAUUCCUCAAGUGCUUCCUCUACCGUCUCCACAAAUGGAAGCUCAGAGGAGCAGAUCCCCCCCGCCAAGUUUGAUUGGACGUCGAGUGGCCUGACCAACCCCCUGGAGGGCCCUGCCUAUAGUUCAUCCUUAUUUGGCUUGGAUCUCCUCUUAACGAACACUAAAAUUGGUAAAGGGGCAACUAAUGCUCUGCUCGCAAGUUUAGAACAGGAGUUUUUAAGUGAAGGAGGAGAUAAAGGGUCAGGAGGAAGGGCAGCCAAGAGCCCACCCACACCAUCCCCCCUUGUACAGCAGAUCCUUGGUGGAGGAAUGAGUAAGGUGCCCUGCCCUGCCACUCCACUGCAGUCCCUGGCUCCUGAAGUGAGGCAGGUGGUCACUCAACUUCCCAACUUGUCCUUCAUGCGCAGCCGAGUCCUCAUGUUUCCCAUCCGAGCUUGUAAAUGAGAUGCUGUCUCACUACAUCUGACUCUUUCAUCUCUCAUUCCCCUACCACAUAGGAUCUUGUGUUGCCUCUCACAUCACUACACCAGUAAUGUUUCCUGUGCAGAGUAUCAGUGUCCUGUACUUCUUUACAAUCAUUACUAACUGUGUAGGCUUCAUUGCAUUCCAUUUUGUAUAAUGUUUUCUUUCUCAAAUUUUGUCUUAAUUGUAUUCAUUCUGUCUCAAACUUCAACUCACUCUUAACAUGUCAGUUGUCAAGAGCGACCUAAUGAAAUCUUAACACAGUCUUCAUAACAUUUCAGAGUAACAUUAUCCUCAUGAUUCUAUCUAUUAAUAUGUAAUUCUUUAUUUCUCUUUUCUCAUCCAGCCUAAUUAUAAAUGUUUCUUUUUUUUUUUUUCUAUUUGUAUUGAUAUAUUAAAACUUUAAUUUGAAAAUUAAGUGUUGCAGCACCUUUAGAAAUAUUAGUCAUUAUUCAAUCAUUCAUUCAAAUAAAGAAAUCAUCAAUCAUUCAUUCAAGUAAAGAAAUCAUCAAUCAUUCUAUUAAAAAGUUACAGCAUUAGUAUUGUAAUAGAAAACAGUAAAUUGGAAAGGGAAGUAUGCAGUCACUAUUAAUUGGAAACCAUCUCACCUGCAAAAUGUUGAUCCAUUUAGUGUCUUUAUGGAUAACAUUCUAUACCAAGUACAUAGUUAGAAUAAAGUUGAUGUAUUGUACUUCUUCCUACUGCAAGGAACAAAAGAUUUUGGCAAAUCAUCUUUCAUUAUUCACAUUGUUAUUCACUUGUGUACUGCAAGACUUCUCUGUUCAAACCUUCAAGUUCAUCUAUUUGUAAAUUAUUAAAUAAGAUUUUAUUAUUUUUAAUAUUUAUAUAUUUUUCUUAUAAGUUUUGAAUUGUUCUUACAAUCUUAAAAUGUUUGGUGCAAGUUAUAUUAAUUCAUUUUAAUAAUUUUGAUGUAGAUUUUAAUUUAGGGAUAGUGGAAAUCAACAGUAUAUUGUUUAUUUUAGCUUUUUUUUUUUUUUUCACUUGUUUUCAUGAUUAGGUGUGUAACUUGUGAAUAACAAUGACAAUAGAAUAUGAAUAUAAUUAUGCUGUACUGUUUGCAGCAUUCAUGGGAGCAUGUGCAACUAGUCAGUUGUGUGUGUGUGUGUGUGUGUGUGUGUGUGUGUGUGUGUGUGUGUGUGUAGUGGAUGGGUGAAUUUGUAUGUGUAAGGUGCAUGUGGUUCAGAAUGUACUUCACGUCACCAUUCAUUGGUGUAAAACCUCCGAAAAUUUUGGAUCAAAAUGUAGAUGAAAUCUUUGACACUUCUUGUUAGUCUUGUUUGCUGCCAAGAAAUGUAUCUUACUUCCUGCAACUUAGGCUUACUUAUGUAAUAUACACCUAAGGACUUGCAGAUACUUGCAUAUUUAAUGUUAAUCAAAAGAGAACUCUUACUCAAAAAUUGAUAUACACAUAUGCAUUAUGGUUAAACAGUUAUUGCUCAACAUCAUUUGGAGACUAAAUCUAUUUCAAUAAAACACUAAUGAGUCAUGUCUUGAGACAAAAUUUCUUACAUUAGAUUCCAAAGUUGCCUGAGGAUCCAAAUAGAUAUUUUAUUGAUUAAGUCUGCAUUAUCUUCAUUUGUGUGUGUUGACCUGGCCGUCUUACUGCAGUGGCUAGAGGUACAGCAGUACCUGAGCUCGUUGCUUAUGAAGGAUAUAUAUAUAUAUAUAUAUAUAUAUAUAUAUAUAUAUAUAUAUAUAUAUAUAUAUAUAUAUAUAUAUAUAUAUAUAUAUAUAUAUAUAUAUAUAUAUAUAUAUAUAUAUAUAUAAAAUCAUCAACUACAGCAAAGUCUUCAAAUUAUUAUCAUGCUGCCACUUUUGACAGCAUGCUUUUAGAACUUCAUGCCAUAAUUUUUACUGCUGCAUAGUUGAAAUGUAUCUAUGACACAGCAUUUGCACCUGAGCUUGUUCUGCUUUAUAGAGGGAUUGUCUUGGAUAUGUGCUGCUAAGGGAGAGGACCAUGGCAAUUCAUGGUAAUUACUACACUGGGAAUGGUGGGAUGAAACUCCUUUAUUGCACAAACUACAGCUCUCUUGUAUACAUUAUAUAUAUAUGGAGUGCACUAUCUGUCCAUUUACUGGAUGUGAAGGUCUGCAAAGGCCUGUACAUGGUUGUGUUGUAUCCUUAAGAUUAUAUAAACUCUGACAAGAUUUGCCAUGGAUUGAUCUUGUAGAACAUUCCAAAAGCUAAUCUGGUACACAGGAUGUAAUUGCUUUACAUAAUUUGCUGCAGAAUGAGAAAUUCAUUGUUGUAUAAUUAUUGAUCUAGAAUGUUAAUGAAUUUUCAAACUGAAUACAUAAAUACUAGCAUAUUAGUGGUAAUGAAAACUAUUGGCCAUUUUGUGUUCAGACAUUGGAAUAAUCUAAGAAUUGUUUUUCAUGACUACCAAAAGGAACCUGUUUCAAUAACUGUUACUUAUGCAUAUUUAUUGUGCGGUUAUAGAAAGCUUUGUGAUAGUUACAAGUAUCAAGAGCAAAAGAAGGAAUGACAAUGCUCAGAAUUUUUUUUUCUCUGGUCAAAGUAAGGGCAGGAAUUCUCUCUUAGUCAUCUGUGCAUCACACAUCAGCAUCUGGUGUCUGAGAUGACACUCUGUUCUUUCUAGGUAGAGCUGUAUAGGACUUUUGACCUGCUCUCUCUCUUGGUAACUUAUAACUGGUUAAUUUAGAAAGUAUCUCAUAUCUGCUAGUGAUGCCAAGACUAGAUGAUGUCAUUAUAGAAACACAAUACUUCUUACAAGGUGGUAUUUAUAUGAUGAUCAGUUCUAAUAACAAACAAAAGGUGUAUUCCUUCUUUUUACUAUUGCCUUCAUUUCAUCAACAACUUUCUUGCCCUUAGGGUGUGCCUCUACCAUCAUGGUUUGCUGCCAUGUCAUAAGAUAAUACAUUACUGGGAGACAGUUCAUUAGGGAAAAAAUCCUUGCAAGUGUUUCCUUCACUGAAGUCCUGCCAACAGAACUGCUACACACAAGUAUUUUCCUGUUCUUUUAAUCAGUGUGAGAAGAUUGUGAAAAAUAGAGUUAUUUAUGAACUCGAAAUUAUUUGUAUUGCAGACUUAACAGAUUAUGUAUUUACCAUGUAGUACAACAAAAUUUUACUUGCAAAUAUUGUAUUUGUACGGCCUGUUCAUAGAAUUAAUGUAUAUAAUGAGUUUCUGUAUGAAUUAUUAUUAUAUAUAAUUACUUCUGAAAGAAGGUUUAUUAUAUUUUGUUUGCCAUUUAGAAGGCCAUAUUAGAGUAUGGACUGCUUCAGCAGUAAAAUAUCAUGAUAAUUUUGGGGUUCAUUUGAAAACAUUGUUCAAAGCCCAGUUUUGGGGUUGAUGUAUACUAUUUAUAAAAUGUAAAUAUUG